AUGGCUUUGCGCCUACUUGGCCGUGCGCCUACUUGGGCCGUCAACCGAUUCACAAAUACCGAUCAGUGUGAGCCUUAUAUUUUCCCUUAUUGUUCUGAACUUGACUUCAAUUUGUGGCGUUCACCUCGCACCAAACAAGAAUGUGAACUGUAUUGUUAUUCUUCAGAGGAACAACGAAAAAGAGGAGGAUCUAAUGUUGUUUAA